CGCCGCAGCGCCGCAGGUUUCGCGCGGGGCGGGUGUUGUCGUUGUCGCGUCGCAACUUUCGCGCAACCGAGAGAGAGAGAAGUUGGAGUUAUCGCGGGGGGAAGCUUGUCGUGCACGGAGGACCGCGCGAAAAUGCCGCCGAAGAAGCGGGAGAAGGAUCUCGAUGGGCAGAAGGGACCUCGUAUUGAUCAAAUCCAGGCCGACCACGAGCUGUUUCUGCAGGCCUUCGAAAAACCAACUCAAAUUUACCGGUUCCUCCGCACAAGAAACCAAAUCUCACCAAUAUUUCUAUAUAGAAACUUAACGUAUAUGCGGCAACGUAUGUCCAGAAGUCACAAGUCACGACGAGAAUUUAAGGUCGACACAAUUCUGGACAAAUUAAUAGCGAAAAAGAAGCACGAACAGAAUCUCGGCGUUCGCGGAUACAUGACUCUUACGUUUUUAGGAUUUUACGAUAAAAGAGUUGAAGUGUCGCAAGAGCCUGUCAAAGUGGAAACAUUGUUGUUGAAAAUCUGCCACAAGAAAAGAAAAGACGUUAGCUCGCCUAUCAUGCAAGUUUCAGUCGGUACGAGCGAGGUCCCAAUCAAUCCUUCCGAGAGUCAGCCUCCACCGAAGGCACCUACAAUUUCCAUACCCAAUGAAUCCUUCAGCUUAAAUAAUGGUCACAUAGCGAAGACUUAUAUGCUUUUGCUCAGGGUUUACUGCAUGUCUAACAAUGGCUGCCUUAUAACUAACUGUGAUUUAGAAGAACCAGCUCAAAAGCGUCGUAAAUCGUCCAUGGGUACGAUAAAAGUGAAUGGCGAAGAAGUGAAACAGUACGGCUCGGAGCUUACUGUGUACGACAAGCACAAUCGAUGCCUGCUGACGGACGGCGAGUAUGAGUUAGGUUUGCAGGAAGUACAGACCAAUGUUAGGUCCAGUCCUAAGAAACACAGCUCUUGGGAAACUGUGGCCGACAUCAAAGACUGCGAACCGUUCGACUUGUUCAGGCAAGGACCGACGUUAAAAUUCCGCCUCAGUUGGACGACGGAACCGAGCAACGGUCUAGUCGAUAGACCGCUGCCGAUACCUCCGAUACCAAGCGGUGACAAUAAAGAGAAUCGAUCGACCAACGCUGGUUUCGAACGUUCCUCUUCCGUAAAUCACAAUAACAAUAGCACAAAUAAUAAUAAUAACGCAACACUGCCAACGCCUAGUCCGCUGACGCCCUCGUCGAGAAUAAGCAUCUCCAACGAGAAGGUGGACGCCAAUGGAACUCAGCAGAUAGUCUAUCAAUUUUUGUACAACAAUAACAGCCGGCAGCAGACGGAGGCCUGCGAAGACCUACACUGCCCCUGGUGCUCGUUGGACUGCGGCAAACUGUACUCGCUUCUAAAGCAUUUGAAGUUGUGUCAUUCGCGAUUCACAUUCACAUACGUGCCAAUUCCACAAGGUGCCCGAAUUGACGUAGCAAUAAACGAAUGCUAUGAUGGUUCGUAUGCAGGUAGUCCUCACGAAUUAAUUUCACAACCGUCUAGCGUACCUUUUUCAAGGACAGGACCAACCAGACGUACGAGCGUGACGAAUAUCCUGGUGUGCCGUCCGAAGAGAACGAAACCAAGCCUCUCAGAGUUUCUGGAACUCGAUGAGAAUGAGUUUGAGAGUCAGAGGCCUUAUAUCACUGGCCACAACAGACUGUAUCACCAUACCGUCACCUGUCUACCUAUAUACCCCAAAGAGAUGGAUAUCGAUUCCGAGGGUGAGAACGACCCUAAGUGGCUGCAAACAAAGACAAUGAUGAUGAUAGACGACUUUACGGAUGUGAAUGAGGGCGAGAAGGAGCUAAUGAAGAUGUGGAACCUCCAUGUGAUGAAGCACGGAUACGUAGGAGACUGCCAGAUACCACUAGCUUGCCAAAUGUUCUUAGAGAAUAAGGGGAAGGAGUUGCUCAUGAAAAAUCUUUAUCGCAACUUCGUAUUGCACAUGUGCAGUCUGUUUGAUUUUGGGCUAAUCAGUCCGGUGAUACUGUACCAGACUAUACAGAAGCUGCAAGAAAUCAUGAAGGAGGGCGGAGAGAAUGGGGACGUGCGUAAAGUGUUGCAAAAAUCACACGAAGCUCAGGUGGAGCAUUGGGGGACUACGGGUGCACAUGCGCAACUGAUACACGACACAUCCAAAGCUGGCGGUAUGACGGGCGUUAAGAUCAACUUUGGCAAUGACGGUUCCUCGAGCUCGUCGUCGAACGCCAGACGAAAGACGACAACCGCCUCCAUGCCAUUAGGCUCGCCCAACUCGCAGAAUAUCAAGCGGGAGAUGCACAACAAUAUACACAAUGUCAGUACGUAAGCGCGAAAGUCAACAUAAAUGAC